UCACGUGAUCAUUCUGAAGAUGGCGUCUCCAAAUGGAGGUGAUGAUUUUGAGUCCUCUCUGCUGAGUUUUGAGAAGCUGGACAGAGCGUCUCCAGACUUGUGGCCAGAGCAGCUGCCUGGAGUUGCCGAAUUUGCUGCAUCUUGUAAAAACCCCAUCACAAACUCACCCCCAAAGUGGAUGGCCGAGCUGGAGACCGAAGACAUCGAAAUGUUGAAAGAGCUCGGCAGUCUGACCACGGCCAACCUGAUGGAGAAGGUCAAAGGGCUUCAGAAUCUCGCCUACCAGCUGGGCUCAGAGGAGUCCAGGGAAAUGACCCGGGGGAAGUUCCUCAACAUACUGGAGAGACCCAAGAAGUGACACAGCAUUUCUUCCACCGACGACAGAUUUGUGAUUUUAGCCAGAUUGAGAUCUUGGUUCUCCAAGAUUCUGUGAACAUGUUUAGAUUUUCCCACGAAGCAUUAAAGGACUCCUAAAGUUAAUAGUUAGAUGCCUUCACCCUUUAAAAAACAAUGUAUUGCAUUUGAAUUUAUUCUAAGCUUGUAAAGUUGUUCCCACCCUAUUUAUUCUUACAGCUGUUUUAAACAUGAAAUCCCCUUUUUGCAAUUUGUGAAAUUGUUUAAUAAACUUUUAAAAUGGAAAGAAA